AUGCCGCGCCUCACGCGUCGGUCAAGCAUGCCCAUGACCGAGUUUAGUGGAGACAUGACAGUGCCAGACGGCAAGACGACCUGGGGCGACGGUGUUGGUGGCGCACUCAAGGGCUCGACCGACAGCGACGGCGUCACCGGCACCGAGGACUGGGAGGAGGACAGCCCAUACGCCGAAGUGCGCGCGUCCGUCUCCAACAUUGAUGACCCCGAAAUGCCGGCCAUGACUCUCCGCGCAUACCUCCUGGGCAUGAUACUCUGCAUGAUCUGCGCGGCCGGCAACACGUUCCUCAGCUUCCGCAAUCCAUCUCCCCAGUUCCCGCUUCUCAUCGUCCAGAUCAUUGCGUACCCGCUCGGCAAGUUCCUCGCCUGGUCUCUUCCACUCCGAGACUAUCGCCUGCCACCCUGGCUCGGCGGGUUUGGCUUCAGCCUCAACCCAUGCCCGUUCAAUGUCAAGGAGCACACCGUCAUCGUCAUGAUGGCCACUGUCGCCAUUCUCCCCGCCUACGGCCUGUUCUCCAUCACAUCGCUCGACUUGUUUUACAAAACGCCACUCGGCUUGGGCUUCAAUUUCACCUACAUUCUCGCGACCCAGAUGACCGGUCUCACCAUUGCUGGCAUCGCGCGCCGCUUUGUCGUGUGGCCCGCCUCCAUGCUGUGGCCCGGUGUACUCGUCACCACCACCAUUCUCAACACUCUGCACGCCGAGUCGGACAUUGGCACUGGCGGUAUGAGCCGCCAGCGCUUCUUCCUCGUCAUGUCCGUCGCGGCCUUCCUCUACUACUUCCUCCCGGGAUACCUGUUCACCGCCCUCUCAUACUUCUCGUACGCCACUUGGAUGGCGCCACGCAACCACGUGGUCAACCAGCUCAUGGGUGUCCGCACGGGUAUGGGCAUGGGCAUUCUUUCGUUUGACUGGGCCCAGAUUGCAUGGGUCGGCUCUCCUCUCGCAGCGCCGUGGUGGGCGCAGGUCAACAUUGGUAUUGGGUUCCUCCUCUUCUACUGGCUCAUCACGCCACUCCUGUACUACAGCAACACUUGGUACACCCGGUACCUCCCUAUCUCGGCAAUCCAGCCCGCCGAUCGCUUCCAGAACGUGUACGAGGUCGAGCGCGUUCUCGGCACGGACAACAAGCUCAAUGUCACGGCAUACGCCGCGUACUCGCAGGUCUACCUUACGGCUGCUUUCAACGUCACAUACAUGCUCGCCUUUGCCCUCACCACCUCGCUCAUCGUGUACACCGCACUUGUGCAUGGUCCCCGUCUCUGGCGCAUCAUGUGGAAGAUGUCGACUGAGCCCGAGGACAUCCACAUGAAGCUCAUGAAGAAGUACCGCGAGGUCCCCGACUGGUGGUACGCUUCCAUCUUCGGCGCCUGUCUUGCCAUGGGCGUUGUCAGCGUCAAUGUGUUCAAGACAGGUCUGCCAGUAUGGGGCUAUUUUGUCGCCAUCGGCAUGGCCUGGACCUACAUCGUGCCCGUCGCAAUCAUCUUUGCCAUGUCCAACCUCGAGCCAACAUUCAACCUCAUUGCCGAGCUUAUCCCCGGCUACGCCUUCCCUGGCCAGCCUAUCCCUGGCAUGGUCUUCAAGACGUUCGCUGUCCAGACGCUCGCGGAAGCGCUCUACUUUACGCGCGACAUGAAGCUGGGCCACUACAUGAAAAUCCCGCCGCGUUCAAUGUUCAUCUGCCAGAUGACUGCGUGUUCGCUUUCGUGUCUCGUGCAGGUCGGCGUCAAGGAGUGGAUGUUCAACACCAUCCCCGACCUCUGCCAGCCGGACCAGCGUGCCCAGCUCAUCUGCCAGAACGCGUACACCAGCUUCACUGCCAGCAUUAUUUGGGGCCUUAUCGGACCAGCCCGCCUCUUCUCCAAGGGCGGCAUCUACAACCCACAGUUGUGGAUGAUGCUCGUUGGCGCCAUCGUCCCCUUCCCGUUCUGGCUCUACUGCCGGCGCUACCCGCAGUCGAUCGUGCGGCACAUCAACCCCUCGAUCGUCUUCGCCGUGUGCCUCUCGAUCCCGCCCGCGUCCGGCAUCAACAUUGCAUCCUUCCUCGUCGUCGGCUUUGUCUUCCAGUUCUGGAUCCGCCGCUACUACUUCGCCUGGUGGGCACGGUACAACUAUGUCUUGAGCGCGUCGCUCGACAUCGGCACCGUCGCCGGCCUGCUCGUCAUCUUCCUCUGUCUCCGCUUGCCCAAGGCCGACCUCAACUGGUGGGGCAAUACGGUGUACGAAAAGACGAUGGACUGGCAGGGCGAGGCGCGCGACUCGCUCCCGGAGGGCAAGACCUACUUCGGGCCCGACACGUGGAAGAACUAG